AUGCUCUGCAGCCUUAUCCGCAAAAUGUGCACCACAUCAACAACUUCCCUCCUCCAGGACACCUCUUCUCUUCAAAAGACAACUUCAGCCUACUUCAACAGCGCUAUCAACACCAUGACCGCCUCCUCCCCUAUUCACUCGACCAUCUCCCCUCCCUCCUCUCCUGCCAUGAGCAUCGAGAGCGACUUUGAGGACAACGAAGAAACUACCACUACCCAGCCUCGCAAGAUCAAGGUCAUGAUCAUCGACGAUAACUCUGUCAACCUGACCAUCCUCUCCCGCCUUCUCAACAAGCACUUUGCCGACACCAUCCAGCUCACCUCUGUCCAGAACUCGGGCCUCGCUGCCCUCGACCAGCUCACCAAGGACGAGGUCGACCUCAUCCUCAUGGAUAUUGAUAUGCCCGUCCUCUCCGGUGUCGAGACCACCACCGCGAUCCGCAACAACGACUCGCACUCUGAGCACUCGAUCCUCGAGCAGAACAUGAACGUGCCCAUCAUCGCCGUCACCACCUCUGACGCCGAGGAGCAGCGCGAGCUCUACCGCCAGGUUGGCAUGGCCGACUGUGUCUCCAAGCCCAUUGCCAUCCCCAAGCUCCGUAUGGCUAUCGAGGAGGCCAUGAAGACGAUCUCCACCAACGGAUGA